CGUCAGGGAGGGCGAUGUCAUGGUGAUCCCGGCGGGCGCCAUCGUGUACUCGGCCAACACGCACGACUCCGACUGGUUCCGCGUCGUCAUGCUCCUCAGCCCAGUCUCCACGCCGGGGCGCUUCGAGGAAUUCUUCCCUGUCGGAGGCGAGCGCCAGGAGUCGUUCUUCAGCGUCUUCAGCGACGAUGUUCUCCAGGCGGCAUUCAACACUCGCCGGGAAGAGUGGGAGCAAGUGUUCGAGAGGCAGCGGAAGGGUGAGAUCACGACGGCGUCCGAGGAGCAGAUACGGGAGCUGAGCAGGUCCUGCUCACGAGGUGGCCGCGGACGCGGUGGUGGCGGGUCGGGUUCUUCCGAGUGGGAGAUCAAGCCGUCCAGCCUCACCGGUAAGAGGCCGCGUCACUCGAACAAACACGGCAGGCUCUUUGAGAUCACCGGCGACGAGUGCCCGCACCUCCGGAUGCUCGACAUGGAAGUCGGCCUGGCCAACAUCACAAGCGGCUGCAUGAUGGCGCCGAGCUACAGCACCCACGCCACCAAGAUCGCCGUCGUCGUGCAGGGCAGCGGCUACUUCGAGAUGGCGUGCCCGCACCUGUCCAGCUCCGGCCGGUCGCAGCGCCGUGAGCGUGAGCGUGAGCACGGCAGGAGGAGGGAGGAGUGGAGCACAGAGAAGGAGGAGGAGGGACAUGAGGAGCCAGAGCAGAAGGAGAAGCAGGGCGGACAGAAGUCAAGAAGCUACAAGCAGGUGAGAUCCCGCAUCCGGGAGGGCUCCGUGAUCGUGAUCCCCGCGGGGCACCCGACGGCGAUUGUCGCCGGCGAAGACGAGAACCUCGAGGUCCUCUGCUUCGGCGUGCACGCCGGCUUCGACGAGAAGGUGUUCCUGGCCGGCAGGAACAGUGCGCUGCGACAGAUGGACGAGCUCGCGAAAGCGCUCGCGUUCGGGGCCGCGGCGAAGGAGGUGGACCGCGUGGUCGGCGCGCAGCCGGAGGCCGUCUUCCUGCGCGGGCCGCAGAGGCGCGCGGUCUCCUCCGCGUAAGCAGCUACGCGCUCGUCGACCUCGAGGCUACCUGAUGAAUGAUGACGGACGUCGUCGAUCUCUUGUACGCAGUGCGUCGAGCUGUUUCCGGUGGAAUAUAUAACCGAAUAAAGUAGCGAGCGCGUCGAUCGUGUUGUGAGUUUGUGUAGCAGAAGUGGCACUACGUACGUGUAGCAGAAGUGUGUGCAUGCAAGUUUGUACGGGUACAUGUACGUAGCCACGUAUGUAUGUACUGUACGUGACUUGUCUCGGACUGAAAUAACGUUGCUGAGGCACGGUGUAUAUGCACGGUACGUACUGAGCCUACUAGAAGCGCAUCAGCCAUGCAUGCUGAACAUCUGAUUCAAACUUUCGUACAGUCCUGCUUGAUUCAAAUUCAGGGGCGCUGUAGAAUUACGGACAGAUUAACUGAAC